AGAAGGGGGGGGCGGAGCUUCUGGUCCCGUUCAGAGAAAGUGCCACGACUCUGCAGGCUGACGGACUGAGAGCUGAGACUUCCUGUUUGACACGAAUCAGUCAUGGACGUCUCCGACCCCCAGACCCUCGGCUUUAUGGUCUUUGGAGGCUUCAUGUUCAUCUCGGCGGUGGGCAUCGCCCUCGUCUCCACGCUCUCCAUGAAGGAGACGUCGUAUGAGGAGGCACUGGCCAAACAGCGCCAGAAGCUGGUCCAAACACAGACUCAGAGAGCAGAGAAGAAGAAGAAGGAGAAGACCCUAGAGAAGAAGAACAAAGCCAAGAAGAAGGAGGAGCGGCCAGAUGGGAAGCUCUCAGAACCAGGCGGUGAUGGUGGUGAGGAGCCUGAGGUGGUGGCUUGUACCGAGCCGCAAUCUGACCCCGAACCUGCCACAGAGCCCAUGGCUGCCCCUGAAAUGCCUGAACCAGAACCAGAACCAGAACCAGAACCCGCAGCGGUCACUGCUGCCACCAUCGAGUCUCGUCCAGCCUCCUCACCAAAGGAGAAGAAGAAGAAGAAGUCCGCCAAGGUGGAACCAGCUGCUGUGCUGGAAACUGUUAAUAAGAAAGUUCUGGUCAUGGCAAUGGCACCGGUGGUAGACAUUCCUCCAGUAAACGUUGUUUCUGAAGUGACCAGAGAACCAUCAGCUGCUAAAACCGAAGAACCCAAAGAGAGUUCAAGCAAGAAGAAGAAGUCCAAGACCAAACCGGAGCCAGUGACCGACUCCGCCGGCUCCUCCCUGCUGCUGCCAUACAGCGAGCUGCUGUUCGCUGUAUCCAACAUGGCACUCAGUGAUGACGAGUUGCACAAACUCAUGGAGGUCCUGAACCAGAGGGCCAAUGUCCGCCACGACUCCUGGCAGCUGGCCUGUCAGAAAGGAGACCCACUGUCCACUCUGAAGAAACAGCUGGAGGAGAAAGAGAAGCUGCUCACCACUGAGCAGGAGGACGCCGCCACCGCCAAAAGCCGCCUCCGAGAGCUCAGCAAGGAACUUGGUGCAGAGAAAUCCAAGAUGGCGUCUUUGGAUGCCAGUCUGAAGGCAGAGCUCAGUGCUCGGGUUCAAGAGGUCGACACCAUGCGGGCCAGAAUGGAGGCUGCUCACCAGGAACAUCUGAAACACACCCAGCAACUCAACCAGAAGAUUGGAAGUCUGCAGGAACAGCUGGAGAACGGUCCCAACGCUCAGCUGGCCCGACUGCAGCAGGAGAACUCUAUCCUCCGAGACGCCCUGAACCAGGCCACCAGCCAGGCAGAGAGCAGGCAGAACGCGGAGCUGGCCCGUCUCAGGCAGGACUGUGUCCGUCUGGGUCGGGAGCUGACCGAGCGUACCGAUGCUCUGCGGGCCGACGAGGAGCGCAGGAAGAGCCUGGAGGCCAAGAUGGCCGCUGCUGAGCAAGAACUGGCCCAAGUUCAGCUGGUGCGUGAGGACACGGAGCGUGCUCUGAAGCAGCACCUGGAGGAAGUGCGCUUGGAGCUGAAUGCAUCGCAGCAGGAAGCUGCUGCUGUUAGCGAGCUGAAGGGGGCGCUGGCGUCUGAACUGCAGGAGCUCAAGGUCCAGCUGGAGAACCAGGCUGCAGUCCAGGCGGAGCGCUCGUCUGAAGUGCAGCAGCUGAGGAACUGUGUGCAGCGCAGAGACGAGCAGGUCGUCUCUCUGGAGGCGGAGCUUGAUCGGCUGAGGGCGGAGCUACAGCUGCUGACGUCAACACAGUCUCAGAGAGCGGAGGAAGACGCCAACGAAGCAGCAGCUGGUGAUCAGACGCAGAGAGACAGUUCAGGAAGUGAGACGGAGUCUGAGCAGCCGUUUGAAAGUCUGGAGAAAGACUCUGAGCUGCUGCAUCUGGAGGAGGAGCUACAGCAGCUCAGAGAGGAGCUGCAACAGGCUCGUAACUACGGCAACGAGCUGCAGGACAAAAUGGCAGCGUUUUCCACUGCAGAGCGUCAGAGCGAGCAGCGGGAAGCGGAGCUGAAAGCAGCGCUGACUGAGGCGGAGUCCAGGUUUGCUGCUCUGUGUUUGGACUUCCAGGCGUCGCUGCAGGUUCUGUUUCCAGGUGUCUCUGUGGAGGCGGAGCAGAGCGACUGGCUGCAACGUUUCACUCAGAAAGUUGAGGAGAAUAAAAGUGUCGCAGAGAGCGCUCACUCCGAGCUGCAGUCGAGGCUGACGGAGGCCGACAGGAAACAGAGCGAACUGCAGACAAGGUUCGAUCAGAACACUAAAGUGCUGCAGGAAACGGAGGCGGAGCUUCAGGUGCUGCAGCGACGCUCUGAAGAAGAAGAAACUGUGUGGAAGAAGAAACUGUCUGAAGCCGAACAGCAGAAACAAACAGUCCUGGAUCAGCUGCAGCUGCUGCAGGAUGAAGUCCGAUCACAGAGGACAGAGACAGACAACACUCAGCAGCUGAAGGAGCAGCUGAUGCUAUUGGAGGCUCAGCUGGAGAAACAGCUGGAGGAGGCCAGCUUCACCCAGAGCUGCUGUGAGGAGCUUGCUCAGGUGCAGUCUCAGGUGCAGCAGAUGUCUGUCAGGUUGCAGGUGGAGCAGGAGCAGCGGCAGCAGCUGGAAAAACAGCUGCAGCAGGCUCAACAGGAAGUGAUGGAGCUGCAGCAGCGGGUGGAGGCUGAUCAGGAGGUGAAGGAGGAGCUGAAGGAGGAGCUGAAGGUGGAGCUGAAGGAGGAGCUGAAGGUGGAGCUGAAGGUGGAGGCGGUCCAGGUGAAGGAGGAGACGCCAGUGUGAAACACACUUUGUUUCCCUCGUGUCUUGUCACCAUGGUUACAUGCAGCAGAGGUUGCGGCUUCAGCGGAGAGACAGAAACCAGCGAUGGUGAUGAUGAUGAUGGUGAUGAUGAUGAAAAGUGACCAAAGUUAAAUGUGUUUUCUUUCACUGUGACAAAUAAACUGUAACGUCUGAAUCUGA